GGGCCCGGGGCUCUGCGGGGCGGCGGCGGCUGCGGACGCGUGUGCGGCGGCUACGGGGGGCGGGCGCUGGGCUCUGGGCUUUGGCUGCCGGCGGGCGAUGAGCUUCCUCCGCUGAACGGGCCGGGUCGAGCCGAGCCGAGCCGGCAGGAUGACGGUGGAGUUCGAGGAGUGCAUCAAGGAUUCGCCCCGUUUCCGGGCAACCAUUGAUGAAGUGGAAACAGAUGUGGUGGAGAUAGAAGCAAAGCUUGACAAGCUGGUGAAACUCUGCAGUGGGAUGAUCGAGGCGGGCAAAGCCUACAUCACCACCAACAAGCACUUUGUCACCGGAGUCCGGGACUUGUCACAGCAGUGCAAGAAGGAUGAAAUGAUCUCAGAGUGUCUCGACAAAUUUGGGGACAGUCUGCAGGAAAUGAUUAACUAUCACAUGAUCUUGUUUGACCAGGCUCAGAGAUCAGUCCGGCAGCAGCUGCACAAUUUUGUGAAAGAUGAUGUCCGGAAGUUCAAGGAAACCAAGAAGCAGUUUGACAAGGUGAGGGAGGACAUGGAAAUUUCUCUGGUGAAGAAUGCCCAGGCACCUCGACACAAACCUCAUGAAGUGGAAGAGGCCACGGGCACCUUGACCAUAACCAGAAAGUGUUUCCGGCAUCUGGCCCUGGACUAUGUGUUGCAGAUCAAUGUCCUGCAGGCCAAGAAGAAAUUUGAAAUCCUGGAUGCGAUGCUGUCCUUCAUGCAUGCCCAGUACACCUUCUUCCAGCAGGGCUACAGUCUUCUCCAUGAACUGGACCCUUACAUGAAGAAACUAGCCACAGAGCUGGACCAGCUGGUGAUUGAUUCUGCAGUGGAGAAGAGGGAGAUGGAGCACAAGCAUGCCAUGAUUCAGCAGAGGACCCUCCUGCAGGACUUCUCCUAUGAUGACUCAAAGGUGGAGUUUAAUGUUGAUGCCCCAAAUGGAGUGGUGAUGGAAGGUUACCUCUUCAAGAGAGCUAGCAAUGCUUUCAAAACAUGGAACCGGAGGUGGUUCUCCAUACAGAACAGUCAGCUGGUGUACCAGAAGAAGCUAAAGGAUGUCCUCACAGUGGUGGUGGAAGACCUGAGGCUCUGUACUGUCAAGCCAUGUGAAGACAUAGAGAGGAGGUUUUGCUUUGAGGUUGUCUCACCUACCAAGAGCUGCAUGCUGCAGGCUGACUCGGAGAAGCUGCGUCAGGCUUGGAUUCAGGCUGUCCAGGCUAGCAUUGCUUCUGCUUACAGGGAGAGCCCUGACAGCUACUACAUUGAAAGACUGGACCGGACUGCUUCCCCAUCAACCAGCAGCAUCGAUUCUGCUACCGACUCCCGGGAGCGUAGUGUGAGAGGAGAGAGCAUCCUGCAGAGGGUGCAGAGCAUCCCUGGGAACGACCAGUGCUGUGACUGUGGGCAGCCUGACCCCCGCUGGGCCAGCAUCAACCUGGGCAUCCUGCUCUGCAUUGAGUGCUCUGGCAUCCACAGGAGUCUGGGUGUUCACUGCUCCAAGGUCCGAUCGCUGACACUUGAUUCCUGGGAGCCAGAGUUACUGAAACUGAUGUGUGAGCUGGGAAACAGUACUAUGAAUCAGAUUUAUGAGGCCCAGUGUGAAGAAUUGGGACUUAAGAAACCAACAGCAGGGAGCUCCAGGCAGGACAAGGAAGCCUGGAUCAAGGUGAAGUAUGUGGAGAAGAAAUUCCUGAAGAAGAUGCCCAGUGGGGAAGCUCUAACGGAGAGCGAGAGGAAGCCUCGGCGCUGGUGUGUGAAGAAGUGCCAGAGGAACAACAGCACCACCAAGGCACCCACAGCUCGCAGGAAGUAUCGCCAGGAAGCCAGCAAUGCCUCUCCAGCCAUGCUGUCAGCAGCAGCCACACUGGAGAGGAAGUUCCGUCGAGAUUCCCUCUUCUGCCCUGAUGAGUUGGAUUCUCUCUUCUCCUACUUUGACACUGGUGCUGGCUCUGGCCCACGCAGUGCCAGCCACAUCUCCAUGCAGCAUCCGCUCGCAGGUGGCCUCCUGGAUGGAGGUCUGAGCAGUGACAGUGGCCUCGGGGGGAGCACAGAUGGCAGCACUGACAUCCUGGUGUUCGGCUCGGUGGUGGACAGUGUAACUGAGGAAGAGUGUGAGGUGUCAGAGGAGUCGAGUGGUGAGGCAGAGAUUGAGCAGGAAGCAUCAGAUUUGGAGGACCUGAGGGAGCUGCAUCCUGGCCUCUUGAUCUACAAGGCAGCACAAGCCCGAAACCUGCCCCUUAUGGCAGAAGCACUGGCACAUGGUGCUGAGAUCAACUGGGUGAAUGAUGAAGAUGAAAAUAAAACUCCUCUGAUUCAAGCUGUGAUGGGGGGCUCCUUGAUAGCCUGUGAAUUCCUACUGCAGAAUGGGGCAGAUGUUAACCAAAGAGACAGCCGAGGCCGAGCUCCUUUGCAUCAUGCCACGUACCUGGGGCACACUGGUCAGGUCUGCUUGUUCCUCAAGCGAGGAGCAAAUCAGCAUGCAGUGGAUGGUGAUGGGCAGGACCCACUCAGCAUUGCUGUCCAGGCAGCCAACGCAGACAUUGUGACCUUGCUGCGUCUGGCUCGGAUGAACGAGGAGAUGAGGGAAGCAGAGGGUCCCUUUGGACAACCAGGUCAAUAUCCCAGCAACAGCCCCACUGAGCUGCAGUACAGAAAGUGUAUCCAGGAGUUCAUCAGCCUUAACAUAGAUGAGUGUUAGUGACAACUCCCCCACCUCCCUUUGCUGUCUUGAAGUUGGGCUGAACUUCUAGAAGCCCCGAGAAGCCCCAUCCUUGGUCUAUUGGUAUUUCUUGCAGACUGGUCUGGUUUUGAUGCCUGCACGUCGAGGUUGAGAUGCACAUGGGGAAAGAAAAAGGGAUCUUUCCUUCUAGCAUUAAGUUCUCGUGCUUGACUACUGGAUGGUUGAUUUUGUUUAGCAGACUUCUGGGGCAUAACCACAGACCAUGGCGUGUGGACUUUGAGUGUGUGAAAAGUAUGGGAGAGAAGUUUAGUAUGUUAAAAAAAAAAUCAAAAAAAAAAAAGGGAAAAGGAAAGAAAGAGAAGAAAAAGAAACUGUCUGGAGAAGCCCAGCAACACUACCAUCAGAUGGAGCUGGCUCUGCUGCAGUGUGGUUACCAGGCACCAAGUUCUCAUCUGAAGAGUUUAAAAGGGAUUCUGAGGUGGAGCCCUCUGACCAGCACUGUGCUCCCUUGAGGGGACUGCUGCAGCAUCUGGGAGCUGCUGGGGGACUGCUUGGAAAACUAGAAGACAACCUCUGAGUCAGGAAGAGGCUGUUUGACAGGGCAGAGACAUUUUGUUCUGGAAGGCAGAUGGGAAGGGGUGGGAUUGAGAGCCACUCCAGUUGCUCUCAGGACUCUACCAGCCACUUUCCCCCUUUUUUUUUUCCCUGGUGGUUAAGCUGCUCAAAGCCAUAGCUCACCUGCUUCCUCAUGAUUCAACCUGCACGGUGCUGUGGAAGCAGCAGAGCUCAUUUCUGGGAGGCUGGGAGAAGCUCUUCGCAGGCGAUGGGCUUUGUGUCAGGGAAGAAAAGCCCUGGCCCCUCGUGCUGCUUGCACCACACACUCUGUCCUCGGGUCAGUUCCUUUCCUGCUGGAUUUGGGUUUCUGCAGCAUCUCUGUGAAGGAACCCUCUCCCUGCAUGGGUUGUCCCUCUUGCUCUCCCCACACGUGCUGCACCCUCAGUAGGGCACUCAUCAGUUGGCCCUCAACUCCAAUGCCCAGCAGACUCUUCUGUUGGUUUCUUUCCUUUUUCUUGUGUUGUUCUUUGCUAGAGGGAGGGAACGUGUUUCUACCCAGAGCACUUUUUGUUGCUGUCUCUAUGGUCUCUGCUAGGAGGAUCAUGCUACAGCAGUUCUACAGAGAUGGGAUCAUGUCUCCUGUGGGCUUCUGGAGCGCAUGUACCACUGGCAGGGAGGUCGGAUGCCCAGCUGAGAUGUGCUCCUGGCAGAGCCUCUUCAGAAUGCCCUGAGCUGCCAUGGACAGCAGAGUUUUUCAGGCUGGUGGCAGUCCACAGCUGGUGUUGAGCCUGCUUGGGCACCCAGGCUGCUGGCUCUGGGGUUGGGCCAUUGUGCCUUACAGAGGGCUGGGGCUCAAGGAGAUCCAGACCUCACAAGGAACCCAAGAAUUUUAGGCAGAGCUCCCUGUUCUCCUGCAUCACAUCAGCAGGGAUGCACGAUCAAUGGGUUUUCAUCCAAUACAUGCUUGAGGACUUUCCAUCCUUUUGCUGUUGUGUGGCUGCCCUUUAAUGGAUUAAACCUUCACAGGUUUGUUUCUAUCAAUGUAAUUGCAUCCUCAGAUACUGAAACAACAGGGAUCCAGCUCUUCACUCAAGGUACUGCCCUCAGACUGAACCAACAGCACUCAGUGUCCACCCACACAUCUAAAAGUGGAACUCUAAGCUCCACUUAUUGCAGAGUGUCCUCUUAGUUCCAGGCAGAGUCCUUAGGAAAGGGCUGCCCCACAUUUUGCUGCAGCCAAACCACAGUUUUCUGCAUGUGCAGUCUGGGUCCUGAAGUCCCUCUUUCUCUUGUAGCUUUCUCCUUCCUGUUCCCUUUGGAGCUUUGGGAUACACAGUACCAGGUGCUGAGUCCUAAUCUCAGUCCCAGUUCUGUUGUGAGUCUGAACUGAGCCCAGUGACUGUUGCUGGAGCUGCUGCAGAUCAGCAGCGGUGCAAAAUCUGGGCCUGGGGCUGCUUCUGUUUCCCUAAUUACUAAACCAUCUGCUUGCACCCCAUCUUGGGAAACAAAAUUAAUGACUUGGCUCACGGGCCCUCUUAUCAUUGGCAGUGCCUUCCAGGGCAUUGCCUCAACCCUCCACACCAGCAGAGUGCUGAUGGGGCAGGGGUGGCUGUGCUGUGCCACCUCCAGCUCCCCCUUCUCAGCUCUGCAGGGCAGGGUUACAGAAGGUCACUACUUCCCCUUCUCACCAAGCUUCAUCUUCUAGUCCUUUGCAUUGGACUUCGUCUGCUUUCUGGUGAAAGUCAUCUUAAAUUCAAGUGGGCUUUUCCCCACUGAGCAGGGAGGUGCUUUCCUAGAAAUGACCACACUGCCUGGAAGCUCUUGAAAGAGAAAUAGACAUUUCACUGCCAUGGUCUUACUCUGCUGUGAAUUUCAGCAUGGUCAUUGUCUAGCAAUCCCUUUUUCCCCCUUUU